AAAACUAUAAACAUUUAAGUUUUUAAACUUACAAAUGAACCUAAAUAUUGGAAUCGGUGGAAACAAGACAAGUCAGAUCCAGAUGUUUAGUUUCCCGUGAGCAGUAAGACAUCCAUUUCUUUGUCUCAUGGAUGGGGAAAAAAAUGCAACACAUGUUCUUGGACCGAAAAUGCAAAUGCUGGAAAACAAAACAGCACUCAAAACUGCUGCUGUGGAAAAUCCUGUUAACACACUUACCGCUGUUUGUCUUUACUCUUCUCCACCUGUAUACUGUAAUGAUUCAUAAUCUCACUAUCCAGGGUGUCAUCCAGACGAUGAGUUCUCUGAGUCUGGUUUCUUUGUCAUGUCGUACCAGGAAGUUUUUUCCUCGCCACUGACACCUCUGACUUGCUCAUUAGGGAUCUAAAUCUACAUCCAGAACAGGCUGAAAAGUGACACCGUCCAUUCACAGCCUCUGUCUAGGAGAUGGGAGCAGAACUCUUUCCAUCGAGUUCCUGUGACAUUAUGGUGAAUUGCAGAAAUUUUAAAAAUGGCUGCGUUCUUUUUCUUGCAGUGAUAUAAUAAAAGAUAGUUUGAUUAAAGAUAGUAAUAAAAGAUAAUGAGUUUAUCUUUAAACUGAUUUCAAAAAUGCAAAAAGUUGGGCAUCUCUUGUUUCUGACGACCCUUGUUCAUUCUGUGGAUCAAAUAGUGACACUAAGAACCUUUAGGUUCUAGCAUCCACCCAUUCCAUCUGAAACUGGUGACGUACAGUUUUUUUUUUUUUCAUCCAGCAUUGCUCCACGUGGACCUCAUUAUGGACAAUUUUAAUGUCAUUGUUGACAUUGGACAAGCAGUAUUUCUGGUCCCAGGACUUGAAACAAUUUCUGUACAAGUACACUGCCUAAUAGUUAUGUUUUGUCAUUAUGUACUUCAUGUAUUGGUUUUUAUUUGGUGCUGAAUCACUCCAUCCUAAGAUCUUCAGACAGGUCUAUUAUUUAGGCAAAUGCCAAUUAUUUUAGAAUGAAUUGAAUGAGAUCGAUUUUUUAAAUAAUGCACUGCUACUAUUCUUCCUUUUGUUAUUCAUUCUGCAGCCAACUGUGAAUCUUUUGUAGAGCAUUUUAUAGACCAAUCUCUGCACAAUAGCAGUUGUCUUCAACAAAGCGGUAAGAUCCAUUCUGGAAACUGCUCGAGAUGAUAAUGGAUUUCAUGCUAGUUUGGCUGUACAGAACAUAAUGGUAUACAGUAUCAGUUUGACAUGGAAAGCUUUGGGCAGACUAUAAACUCGCUGACAUUUUUGCAUGGACAAACAUUUUCCUCAGUUCAUUCCAUUAAAUCCACUAAAUGAAUCCUAUGAAAAGGAAACAUGUGGAAAUGAAAUAUAAUCGAUGUCCAUGCUUCAAAACUGCCAUUAGAUUUAUUUAGAGCCUGUAUUGAUUUUGUAUAUGAUUUCCAAUUGGCCUGUGCGCUUAUCCUCCAUUCGAUCCACUAGGGGACCACGUGUGGUCCCUGAAGAAACUCAACCCUGGCACUGAAUAUGCCCUUCAAAAAUGCACAAGGGUGGGCAUCUAGUGUUUCAGACAACCCUUGUUCAUUCCAUCCGACAAGUCGCAGCAGCAAAAACCUUCUGGUAGGAUCGUAGGAUCUGUCCAGUUUCUCCGGUUGAAACCAUGGGCACUCCUGAAGAGGACGAGCAGCCUCGGCCGUCAGACAUCACCGUUUUCGGAGCCAACUGCACCCUUCAUGGGCUCAGCCACAUCUUCCUGCCUGGAGGAGUCACCAUCCGUCGCUUGCUCUGGGCUUCUGCCUUCAUAAGCUCGCUCUCCAUCUUCCUCUACCAGGUAGCUGGAGCAGUGAUGGAGUAUUACCGGUAUCCUCAUGUCACCAUCUUGGACGAGAUGGACAGCCCAGUCAUGUACUUCCCAGCCAUCACCCUUUGCAACUACAACAGUUUCCGGCGCUCCAAGAUGCAGCGGAAUGAUCUUUUUUGGAUGGCAGGGCUUCUCGGUGUGGAACAGAGCGACUUCGAUGAUUUCAUGGCUGCCCUGGGACAACCAGUGGAUGACAGCAAGUUUUUUCCAAGCAAGACAUUUAACAUGCUGGAGUUUGUGCAGAGGACAAGCCACAGCAUCGAAGAGAUGCUUCUGGACUGCAAGUACCGGGGCAGGGACUGUGGACCGGAGAACUUCACUUCGAUUUAUACAAGAUAUGGCAAGUGUUACACCUUCAACUCGGGCCUGGAUGGCAACCCCUUGCUGACGACGUUGAAAGGUGGCACAGGAAAUGGGCUGGAGAUAAUGCUGGAUAUUCAGCAAGAUGAAUACCUGCCAGUGUGGGGUGACACAGAUGAAACAUCAUAUGAAGCAGGCAUCAAAGUCCAGAUCCACAGCCAGGAUGAGCCGCCCUUCAUAGACCAGCUGGGAUUUGGUGUGGCCCCUGGUUUUCAAACUUUUGUUUCAUGUCAGCAGCAACUGCUUCAGUAUCUUCCACCGCCCUGGGGCGACUGCAAAUCCACUCCCAUGAGCUCGGAGUACUUCUCCACCUACAGUAUAACAGCGUGUCGUAUCGACUGUGAAACCCGGUAUCUGCUGGAGAACUGUAACUGCAGGAUGGUACACAUGCCAGGCACCUCCACUGUAUGCACCCCAGAGCAGUACAAGGACUGUGCAGACCCUGCCUUGGAUUUCCUUGUUGAAAAAGACAACAACUACUGCGUGUGCCAGACACCUUGCAACAUGACUCGCUAUGGCAAGGAGCUUUCCAUGGUGAAAAUACCCAGCAAAGCGUCUGCCAAAUACCUGGCCAAGAAGUUCAACAAAUCAGAGCAGUAUAUUGCAGAAAACAUAUUAGUUCUGGAUAUCUUUUUCGAGGCCCUGAAUUAUGAAAAGAUUGAGCAGAAGAAGGCAUAUGAAGUGGCUGGUCUACUUGGUGACAUUGGCGGUCAGAUGGGGCUGUUUAUAGGAGCUAGUGUCCUGACGAUACUGGAAAUAUUUGAUUAUUUGUAUGAGGUAUUUAAGGAUAAAGUAUUGGGCUACUUUCUACGUAAAGGACGGCCACGUCGGAGUGCAAGUGAUAAUCUGGACUACUCUGAGAACCCCACCAGCCCUGGUGUCACGCCUAAUCAUACCCCCAGCCUUCAAGACGGAGAUGAUGUUUUGCACAAGUUCAGAGCACAUGCGACACACUCCGGAGUCACUCGGACAGCCUCGGAUUCGCGCCGAACGUGCUACCUAGUCACCCGACUCUAGGCAACUUCGAGGAGUUCGCUUGUUGACGACGCAGGCGGCGAGGACAAUUAGCAGUCUGACAGCAAACUGUGAUUCUGACUUGCAUAAAUGUACAUAUCUACACGCACACUACGUGACGACUAGUUCAAUUGGUCAAUGAAUAAAUCAAUUCCUGAAUAGAAUCAGAUAUCACCGUAAAAGUACAAGUAGGCAACACUUUCCAAAACAAUACUCAGGUUAUAUUAGCAUAACGCAGUAUCAACAGCACCAACUGUUUGUUUUAUGUUGUGAAAAUGAUAGUAAACACUUAUUUUCGAUGAUUUAAAGGCUAUGCCGGAGACACAUAGAGCAAUUGAUUGUCAUUUUCGUGAACUGUGCAUUAACAACGUGGGAUAUUAAGGCUGCUACUGAAAGUGAACUAAACAAGGCACACCAUUGCACAAAAUGAGCGUAAACAGGCAGUAACAUUUCCUUUUGUUAAACACUAGGCUUGUUCUGAUUAUUUGAUGUACGAUAUACGGCAAUAUUUAACAGUGUUGAUGUGGACACAUCACUUUUAAAUAUUGUCCCUACUCACUAUUUUUUUGGUUUUACAUUUACUUAGCUAGCAUAUGUUUGCAUUAUUCAGUCAUUACAGCACAGCACUGUUGAAUUUUCAAUUCUGAUUGGUCAGAAAGUGGUGAUUAAUUUUGUAUAACAGCAGCUCUGACAGCAAAUCACAGGUUUAUGACAUUUAUGACGUUUAUGACUAUAGUAACAACUUAGAUGGGGACUUGUAUGGAGGACGCUCCGUGUAAACGUUACAAAAAAAAAACAUAGGUCAAAGGUAGAGCUGUAACAUUGUUCUUCACUAUGACAGUGUUCAGGGCAGACUGUUGGAUGUAUACCAAUUGCUGAAAUGUCAAAUCGAGAAUAAGAAGCGUUUUGUAUACUUACGUUUUGACAAAAUGUUUUCAUGUUAUGAAGGAAUUUACAAAGGAGUUAAGGCUUGGUGUUAACUGCUAGCUAAUUCUUAGCUAACAUUCUAAAUAUUUGGUAGUAGGUGUGAAGUUCGGUGAAAUUAGUUUGUGGAUUUGUGACCGAGUACCAAAAAUUCAUUCAUCUUCAGUAAGCGACUGAAUCGAACUCAGGAUCGAACCAGGGAAAUGGAACAUAAAUAAAGUUCUUUAUCAGGGUAGACUUAAAAAUCUUUCAAAAUGGAGGAUGCAUUGUUCUUCAUAGCUAGCAACAAUAACUAAAGUCGUAUGGUGAGGACAUGUAACACACAAACAAAAAUUGUUGUCCACAAAAACGAAGGCUGUUUAUUUGUAAACACAUAUUCAUGUUUGUCUAUUUUUUAGUGCAAUAUCGUGUAUUCUAUUAGUGUGACGUAUAUCUUAAAUAUCAACACAAGCCUAGUCAACCUUAAGGGAGUAAAUGAUGUGUAAUUGAACUUAUUUCUCUGAAUGCAGUUGAACAAUGUUUGUCUGUUUACAUUACAUGUAUAUAAGUGCAAUAAUAUGCAUCAUGUGUUAGAAUAACCAAUGUAAUACCCUCAAGUCUUAACUGUUAGUCAAAAAGAAAGAUUAGAUUCAGGUUCAGUGUUGACCGCUCCGAGGAGCAUUUUACUUUUGAUAUGCAUCGUAUUUCUAAUCGUUUCUAUUAUAUAUUCUGGAAUUAUGAAUCAUACGCAAGACUCUGAGAGGGCACUCGGAAAGAUUCAGGUUUUAGCACAUCACAUUUUCAUGAAACAACUUACGGUCGAAUAUCAAAAAAGUGGCCUGAUUUGUGUGAAUAAAUGAGACGUGUACACACUGCUUUCAGUCCAGUUCUACCAAUAUAUCCAUCCUAUUAGUCCACAGCAAUGAUAGAAAAAGCAUUUUGGUGGCAAAAUACAAAGCAACGAUCAUGUAGUUAUUUAUAAAUGAUGCAGAAUUCCUUUAGGACAGCUUUAAUCAUAAUAAUCCCCUUGCGUCUUUUACGAAACACUGCUCAUACAUCAACCCCCCAUCCCCAUCCCCCACCCCUCCCCCCGCAAGUAUACACAGCAACUUGUGGUUAAAAACUAGAUUUCCCUAAGGCGUCUUCCUUUCUUUGCUUGCAUGCACAUAUUUCCUGCAUAUGAAAGAUUUAUUCGAUGGUGUGCCACAUGCUGCGAGCGAAGGCUGAGGGAUAUUAUCACAAAAAAACAAAAUAAAAUAAAACAUCCACCCUCUCUUUAAUUUUGCUUCUGCAUUCAGCUAAUAGCACUGUUUUAUAGAACAGGAUUUCUAGCACAUAUAUCUACAUUUUAAGAGUCAAUUGUGAAGUGUAAAUGAACCUAUAUAAUAAACAUAUUUAACCUUCUCUUAAUGAGUACUAUGUCUGUCUGUCUGUCUGUCUUUCAUAUACAUUCAAGUGUUAACAGUGUUAACAUUGCUAACAAGAAGAUCCUAGCAGGCAGAGAAAAAAAAAUACAUGUAUAUAUAUUACCACAAAAACCUCUUGGUGUAUGCCGGUGGAUGAGAUGGCUAAUAUUUUUUGUUCCAGAUGUGCACCAAGAAACAUUAAGAAAACAGCGAGGCAAAAGUCUGAUGUGAAGCUACUUAAUAAUUAGCAGUUCCUCCAUGUUUUUACACACCAACCACACCACAUUCCCGCCCACUUGUUUUCUGUUGGCUCACAAGGCCGAGGUUCAUGAAUUUGGAGGUCAAAAUUCAACUAGGAAAAGUCGAAGAAAAAGUAAGUGCUAUCACAAGCAAAUGCAGCUCUUCCAUGUCCUUUCCCCUUCAGUGAAUUUUCUGCAGGGUACCUUUAUUGGGAUUUAGUAAUCGACGUACAGGAAUGUUUAUGGGCGGUUGGUGGAAACUGGAGAACCCAGAGGAAACAACUACACAAACUCUGCCCAGACAAUCACCCAAGCUCGGGAUCAAGCCAGAAACCCUGCAGCUGUGAGGCGAAGACCUGACCUGCUGUGCCACCCAAUGUUAUUAGGUUUUUUUGUUGUUGUUGAAGUUCCCUGUUUUCACUACUUUAGCUAGCGCUUACUUUAGCAGGUUUCAUCUUUUAAAAAUAUUUUUCAUUUUCCACUACUUUCAAUGUGAUUAGGCCUCUUCAUUAUUUUUAUACCAUUUCACUUCAUUGACAGUGCUUAUUAUUUUUGUAUCAUAGAUUUUAAAUAUUUUAAUGAAAAGGUUUUUUUUAUUAAGCUUAUUCCUGGAUAUAGCCCAAAAUGUUUACCGUUAUCAGACUAUUUGAGUGGAUUGGUAAAAUCUGAUUUUUUUUUGGUCAGAUUAUUUUAAACAUUUGCAUGCGGUCAAUGAUUUAUUUCAUCAGCUUGUUAUUCAAAUAAGCUAUACUAUUAUUUCACAAUGUCAGUGCACAUGAUUUAAUCUCACUAAAUUAUCUUUUUUGAGGUUCACUGUUGAAGAAGCAUUACUUUGUUUGAUCAGACACAGACACAUCUGAUCAUUAGAGAUAGAACAGACAAACCCAGACAUGAGAAACGCCACACAGCCAGUAACCUGGGGCAAGGCUCAUAUGAAGUGUGAUAUGACAGCUGUAUCCCAUUAUGCUACCAUGCGACUGUAAUGAAUGUCUAUUUUUCACCAUUUUCUUUUUAACACGUUAGUGGCUCAGCUGGUAGGUAAGCAGGUUUCUUGUGCUGAGGAUCAGGGUUCAAGUUGUGGUUCUUUGUAAGCCCAUUAGUGUGUGUAAAUUAAAAGAUAAUUCCCCCACAAAAAAGGUUGUCUGAAAGCACUGUGGGUGAGGUUUGGGCUGUUGCUAAAAGCACAGGGGAUCAAGACCACUCACUGGUGAGCCAAGCUGUGUGUGUUUGUUCUUGCUCUUUUAUUACUGUAUUAUAACCAUAUAUGUGUAUUAUUGUGUUAUUACUGAGUUAUUACUGUGUUAUUACCAUGUUCAUAAUGCUUGGGUGUUGUUAUUACCAUGUUAUUACUAUGCUGAUUUAUUACUGCAUUAUAACUGUGUAAUUACUGUGUACACAGUACUGAGCUAUUAUUGUGUCAUUACCAUGUAAAUACUACGGUAUUAUAACAGUGUUACCAUGUUUGCAGCGCCUAGAUAUUAUUGUAUUAUCACCAUGUUGUUACUAUUCUGAAUUAUUAUUGCUAUGAUUAUGUAAUUAUCAUGUACACAGCACUAAGCUGUUUCUUUUUUGUCUGUUAUUGCCAUGUUAUAAUCAUGUUAUAACCAUGCUAUAACUGUGUACACAGUGCAGGAUAUUAUCGAGUUAUUUCCAUGUUAUUACUGUUUUAAUACUAUACUGAGUCAUUAGUUAUAAUCAUGUAAUUACCAUGUACAGGUACCAGGUUAUUACUGGCUAUUACUGUAUUACUGUGUUAUUACCAUCUAAUUACCAUCUACAUGUAUUACUGUUAUAGCCACAUUAUUACAAUGUAAUUACCAUAGACACAGUACUGAUAUUAUUGUUAUAACUGUUCUUUACUGUUGUGAGUAAAUGUAAAUAAAAAGGAAGAAAAUGGGACACAGCCUAAAGGAUGCAGACUUUGUAAAAUAAUCAUCUUUAGAGCGUCACGGUUACAAAAUGAAUCCAGGAGACCAUUUUUGGUUUGGUUUAUUUUUAAAUAGUGUUGUUUUGAUCAGACAAAAAAAAAAAAAAAAAAAAAAAACAGAAA